GCUGUGGCCUCUGCGCGGGCUAGUGCCUGAACUACUCAGUUUUAAUUAGUUCAGCCUUGAUCAUGAGCCAGUGGAUCGUGGCAUGGCAAAAGAGAGGAGAAGCUCAUUCUGAUGAAAUGUGACGACCGUCUGCUCAGAACCAAAAGUCAGAAGGGGAAUUGGCCCAAACAAACAGAUGAGGUAUGGCAGCCUUUUCUGAGGAUACCUUCGACUCCAUUAUGAGUGAAGUACAGAGUUUCAGUUCAUUGACCUACUCUAGCGAAAGGCAGUUAUGGUCUCAUGGCUCUGGGAGCGAACCUGACAGUGAAAAUAUAACUACUGUGUUGGAAGACAGAGACAAAACUUCUGAGAUUUCAGACCUGAGCAGUAAAGAAAUGAAAUUGACUAGAAAAAUGAUCAGCUGCCUCAAGAAGAAAGAAAUUAACUCAGGACAGUACCGGACAGAUACUAAACUUCAGUCAGAAAUUACUCAGUUAUCUGGUGAAGAAUUGAAUGCCCUGGAGUCUUUUUGUGCCACUAAAAUUAACCUGAUCCAUCAGAGUGUGAACUCAAAGGAGAGAAAGGCCAGCAGACAUAAAAAGCUACGGUUUCCAUCAGAUGCAGAAGCUCCAGCGGUAGAUGUGCUUAACUGUACUGUCCCUGAUGAGUUGCUUAACAGAAUCUAUUUAGAAAACACAAGGACAACAUUAAAACAGAUUGCAACAGUUAAGCAACACAUUUCUUCACAGUGCCCUAGUUGCAACAUAAAAAGAGCAGAACUGGCCCAAUCUGCCUUUCUGAAACGUAAGAAAACUUUACUACAGUCACUUAUACUUCAAGAAAAAAUAGAUGAACAUCUUUAUACUAAAGACUUCCUAACUCUUAUUGGAGAAGCACAUCAGCGCUUUCCCAAGCUUUCUGAUGAUUCCAGAACAAUCUGGAAAAGACUGAAUGAAAAAAGUCAGAUUGGAUACUCUGUUUUUCAAUGAUUAGAUAAAGAGCAGAUGUAACAAGAUGGAACUGAACUCA